AUGGGAAGAGGGAAAGUGGAGUUAAAGAGGAUAGAGAACAAGAUCAACAGGCAAGUUACUUUUGCAAAGAGAAGGAAUGGUUUGCUUAAGAAGGCUUACGAGCUUUCUGUGCUAUGUGAUGCUGAGAUUGCUCUUCUCAUUUUCUCUAACCGUGGCAAGCUCUAUGAGUUCUGCAGCAGCCCUAGUGGUAUGGCGAAGACAGUUGAGAAGUAUAGAAAACAUAGUUAUGCAACAAUGGAUCCAAAUCAAUCAGCUAAAGACUUGCAGGAUAAGUACCAAGACUACUUGAAGCUCAAAUCAAGAGUUGAGAUCCUUCAACAUUCACAAAGGCAUUUGCUAGGUGAAGAGAUUUCCGGGAUGGGAGUGAAUGAACUUGAGCAGCUAGAACGUCAAGUAGAUGCAUCACUAAGAGAGAUUAGAUCAACCAAGGCCCGGUCUAUGCUUGAUCAACUAUCUGACCUCAAAACCAAGGAGGAAAUGUUAUUGGAAACCAACAGAGAUCUUAGGAGAAAGUUGGAGGAAAGUGAUGCAGUGCUGAAUCAAUCGCUAUGGGGAGCUUCUGCUGCAGAACACUCCCAGCAACAACAGCAACAACAACAACAGCAAGGCAUGAUCUCUUAUCAAGCAAACCCUCCGAAUCAAGAAGCGGGUUUCUUCAAGCCUUUACAAGGAAAUGUAGCAUUGCAUAUGAGUCAUUACAAUCCUGGUGUGACAAAUGCAAGCAACGCUGCAACAACAUCACAGAAUGUUAUUAAUGGAUUCUUCCCUGGAUGGAUGGUCUGA